CACAGACCUCUCAUUCAACAGAACAUUCAGACUCGCGCUCCGGUAGCGACAAUCAACUACGAUGCGGACUUCCACUCUCCUUUCCUUCGCGUUCUUUGGCGCAGCCAUUGCCGCCCCUCUCGAGGAGGGUUUGGCCAAGAGACAGGGAGAUCGAGGCUCCUACACAGUCUCUGGUCUGGGAGCACGCAAGCAAGCUGUCCAAAGUGCCGGCGGCAACACCCUGGACCUCGCCAUUGCCAUGCUUGAGACAGACACCAUGACGACAACCUAUACUUAUGGCGAUGGAAAGACGUCUGACUCGGCCAACUUCGGGAUUUUCAAGCAAAACUGGGGCAUGCUACGCGAAUGCGCCUCGCAAUUCAAGGGGCAAUCAACCGGUGACUGGAACAACGGCGCGGUGCUGAACUCGAACCUGCAGCAGGACGUAAGUGCUCGACAUGAGUGCGAGAACUUCUACGGCCGGGACAAGUGGUUUGCCGGGCACCGAAACGGAGCCUCUGGGUUGAGCAAUCCGAACACACAGGACAUCAACAACUACAAGAAUGCUGUUCUUUGGAUCCAGCAGCAGAUUGAUGGCAACUCGCAGUAUAAGACUGACGAUACUCGUUUCUGGGUCAAUGUCCCGGCCAUUUGAGAAUCCAACGCGCUGGUCUUUUGGAACUUGUAUCAACAAUAAUUGUGCAUACAGAAUUCCUAUUGCCGUACUAGUCCAC